AUGUCAGCCCUCAAGGAUUAUAGUUUUAAGGAAGAUGAAGAUGGAGAGCUUCCGCGGUUAGUCACUGGUGAUGAGGCCGACCUAGAGAGUAUAUUAAAGCAAUACCAACCAGAUGGUGGGAAGCAGAUUGUUAGUGACAAAAAGAUUAAUCGCGCGAAUAUGCAAUGGAAGCAAUAUUAUGACAAACAGCAACGGAUACCUGUUACUAUUAUAACUGGCUAUUUGGGAGCAGGUAAGUCUACGUUAUUGGAACAAAUCGCAUUAAAGGGUUCUGACAAAAGACUCGCUGUGAUCUUGAACGAAUUCGGUGAUAGUUCGGAAAUUGAGAAGUCGAUUAGCAUCAAGAAUAACGGAGAGGCUUAUGAAGAAUGGUUGGAUUUGGGAAACGGGUGCUUAUGCUGCUCUUUAAAGGAUGUUGGAGUGAAAGCCAUUGAAGAUAUGGUAGCAAGAUCACCGGGGAAGAUCGAUUAUAUCUUGUUGGAGACUUCCGGAAUUGCAGAUCCAGCACCUAUAGCCAAAAUGUUUUGGCAGGAUAAAGGUUUGAAUAGUAAUGUAUACAUCGAUGGGAUCAUCGCUGUUCUGGAUAGUGAGCAUAUUGUCAGUUGUCUUGAUGAUGUGUCUCCAGCUUCUCAUUGGCAUGGGGAAAAAGUCACUCUUGAUGGAGAUGAAGAAUCGAACACUACCAUUGCACAUUUACAAAUCGCUAUGGCCGAUGCAAUCUUGGUGAAUAAAUCUGAUAAGAUUGAAGGGAACGAGGCUAAACGCCAAAAACUUGAACAGGUUGUCCGAUCAAUCAAUUCUGCAGCGCCAUUAUACUAUACAAAAUAUGGAGAUAUAGAUUUGGACCGCAUAUUAGAUUUGCAUGCAUUUGAAAGCACGAAGUUGUUGGAAGCAAGGACUGAAACUACUUUCCAUGAUCCCAGAAUAUCAACAAUCACAUUGACAUUCCCGUUCUUCACUACAAGAGAGCAAUUCGAUUCCUUCAUUGAGAACUUCCUACAAGUUUUGUUAUGGAAAAACUUCGGAGUAGAACAUCCGCUUACAACCCAGGGCGAGGAUUUUGAAGUUCACAGAACAAAGGGUCUCAUUGUGGUGUCCGGAGAAUAUAAAGUUAUUCAGGGUGUUCGUGACACAUAUGAUAUUAUUCCAGGAGAAAGGGUACCGAACGUAAAAGAGAACAAAAUUGUUCUCAUAGGUAAGCAUUUGGAUGAAACUCACAUUAGGAAGUUACUUGACAGUGCAUUGAUCAAAGAGGAUAAUUAA